AUGCCUGCUGGCGGAUGCCACACUCGCUACGUCUGCCCCUACAUAGACAACCUAGCUACCGCAACGAUCUCGCAGUCCACUUACACCAGCUACAAAUACAUCGGUGAUUACCAGGGUCUGUUCAACAGCCAGGGCGGGCAGUUUGCGCCACACCAGCGCGGAUCGGGUCCCGUGAACUUCGAGCGAUACACGGAAGUGGGGACCAUUUUCGAUGUCGUGAAGGGCGUGUAUGGUGACACGCUGCAGGAGUGCUGCCGCGCGUGCGCGCGCUCCACCUACUGCUACCAGUGGCACUGGUUUAAAAACUCGCGUCUUGCCGGAGAAAACUCGAAGGUGGCGGGAUUUAUCGACCGCAUACAGUGCUACCUGCUGGAGAAGAACGGCGGCUCGGGAACAUCAGGCUCUUUCAAGACGCCGAAUGCGGGCGACGCGGCCACGCAGACUGCGAAUGCGGCGACGUACCCGCUGAGCUUCGUCGGCGGGCUCUGCAACGGCACCGCGCUCGUUGAAAACGACCCGCAUCUCACGGGCGCGCACGGCACGCACUACGACUUCACUGGGCGGCUCGAUAAAUCGUUCUGCCUCUUCUCCGACCGUCGAUUCCACGUCAACAUGCAUCUGGAUGGAUACCAAGGCGCACCGCCCGCAAUUUCCGCGUCUGCGAAGUCGAAUGAGAAUAAGGAUUCCAGCACGGAGCUGCACACGUGGAUUAAGGAGGUCGGCGUGGUGUGGAUGACGCCUGACGGCGCGAACCACACGCUGCGCAUGGUCGCACGCAAGGGCAAACAGCAGGAGCGCGGGGAUAACGGCUUCCUCUCGCUGCUCGAGGUAGACGGCACGACGACGGCGCCUCCAAGCGUCGGCGAGUCGAUUUCGACAAGCGGGCUGGUGGUUACCAAAGUCGCGGAGGAGAAAGAGGGGCCGUUUGACGUGGAUCAGUUCAAGGUGCGCGUGGCGGGGCUGGGGGAACUGGACGUGCGCGUGCGCGUGGCGCAUCCGCUGCUGCAGACGCCCACCGAGGCGGAGGCGCACUUCAACGUGGAGCUCUCCGAUGUGAAGAUGACGUCAGCCGCGCACGGCGUACUGGGACAGACUUUCAGGAACUCGCCGGAGCAGCUGCAGCGCGCGGUGAAGUACUCGCACUUGGCGGCGCUGCUGCACCACCCCGUGGACGUGGAUAAGGCGGAGGGCAGGGGGUUCCUGGACGGAGAGGUGGAGGACUACAUCUCCUCGUCUGUCGUUGCGCCCGAUUGCAAAUACGCCAGCUACGGCACCACCUCGGACGCCUAA